GCUGUCAGACUGACUUUGGGUGAUGACUUUUACUUUUACUUUGACAAAGUACUUCUACGAGUUUAUUUUUUUUUGUUGUUUUAUUACAAUCUCUAUUGGAUAGACGGACAGUUUGUAAGAAGUUUCUAAAAAUAUAAUUCUAUGAAUAUAUUCGCCAAAGUAAUUAUUUGCUGGAUAUGAUUCAUCAUUUUAUUCUAUACUUUAAGAAAUAAGUAUAAGUAACGCGCAACUAAACAACGUGCAAAUGAAAAUCUUCGAAUCAUGACAAGCCGAGGAAGUUUUAAAUCCGCACGAAUGAACUUCAAAGUUCAAAAUGAACAACUAGAAAGUAAAGGUACGAAGCCAACCCGUGAAGAAUCCUCAAUCCUAGAAGUUUUUGUGUUGAUGAUUGUGCAUAUAUGUAAAAAGAUUCUAUUCUUUGACACCAAUUUAAAAAUAGCCAUUUACUUAGGUGCUCUGUUUUUACUAUCUAUCAUUGCGGAUGUAAUAACAUUUCCGAAAACAUACUUUUCGAGAAGUGACAAUGUUUUUAAUCAAUAUUUUGUGAAGAUUGGAUGGUUUUGGACUCUAUUUAUGACAUUACCUUAUGUUUUCCUGACGUCAUACACAACAUGCUGUGGGAAAAAAAGAAUAAUAGGCAUGGGUCAUUUGUCAAGAUUACUUGUUGCUACUGUGUUUUGGUACACAUGGACAACUGUUUUCAAUAUAAUAGAAACAAAUUAUGGACGUUGUAAUACUAAAUUAUAUGACAACAAAAUAAUGUGUCUAAAGAAUGGACAUUUUUGGAAUGGGUUUGAUUUAUCUGGGCAUUGUUUUAUUCUAAUAUAUUCAAGUUUAGUUAUGAUAGAAGAAGCUAAGGCUAUCAAUGGUUGGGAAAGGAUAAAAGACUACAUAAGAGAUGAGAAGUAUGCUCGUAGUAUUGAUGACAAGUCUGCCAGCAUAAAUCCUUUGAAAAACAUCACAAGCGAUGAACUAAGUGUAUUGAAAGUAUCAUAUGAGAAUUACACACCAUAUGUAAGGGCAUUUUUAAUAGGUAUUGCUUUGCUGCAAUUGUUGUGGGAUGUUAUGUUAGUUUCAACAAUAUUAUACUAUCAUAUAAUGGUGGAAAAGUUCAUCAGUGGUGUUAUAGCAAUACUCACUUGGUUUGUUACCUAUAGAGUAUGGUAUACCAUACCAAAUAUUUUUCCCAAUCUGCCAGGAGAAGGCAUAUUUAAAUACAAUAAUAGGAGUAAACCUGUGUCCACUACACCCACCUAUAGAAAAAAGAGUUCUACAAAUGGUAAACAUUUUAUGGGAAUGCCAAUUAAUGCUAAUCAAGACUCGGAAAAUAGUAAAGAAGAAACUAAAUAGAUUCAUAAGACAUAUUUUUUUAAAGGUUGGGUUGGGGUUGGGUUUUUAGUAUAAAAAUGGGGUUUCUGUUUUUAAUUUAUUUAGUAAAUUUUAUGGUUUCUAAUUUAAAGAUAUAAUUAGGGAUGUUUGUUAAGCUGUUGUGCAUUUUGUUUACCUAUUUAUUUUAAUAGUAAUAGAUGUAAGCUAAACUUAUUAGUAAAACUUUAUUUAUAACCAUUUGGCAAUUUGCAUUUUAUGGUCUAAUUUAUUUAUUUAUUUAUUAUUUAUUUAUGUUGCAUCUGAUUUUUGUUCAAAUUCAAUCACGAAGUCUUUGCAUAUUAAUGGCAUUAAUAUCAUGUACUUAUAAAAUAAAAAUAUUGAUGAAAAAAAGCAAAAUCAUGUUAUAACUUUAUUAAAUAUCUAACAAAGGUAAA